CUCCAUUGUUUCGUGGAUUCGCUGACAACAAUGAGUUGAGUCCGUUCAUUUGCAAGUGCAUAGCGAGUGGGCGGCAUAGCAGACACGUCUGAGUGAGCGGGCAGGAGCGGGCGCCGUCAUCAUGCAUCCGUUUCCGAGCGCAAAUAGCGACGGGCCGACCCGCCCGCCGAGCGCUAUGAAUGCAUCGGUACGAAAUGGCCACGAUACCUCACCAGAGCGUCAGAUCUGCCAUUCAUGCCUCUUUUCUCGUGUUUCUUCCCUGCAGCAAAUUCAAUCAAGCACACCCCAGCCAUACGUACCUCCCGCACAACAGGCUAUGAACCUCCCGCAACAUCCCACCACGACGCAGAACCAAAUCACACAGGUACCGACCACAAAGGCGGGAGCGAGGUGGACGGAUGGAUGGGAGGGUGAGAUGUCGCCUCCGUGUUGCUCUUCUUCAUGUCUCUCCUCAGGGUGUGGCCGGCUCGUACCCGCAGCCGUACCAGCACCAGCAGCAGUACCAGCAGCAGCCGCUCGGCGGCCCUGCUGGUUGUCAGCCGACAGACUCGGAAUUCCAGCAGGUAUCUGACUCGUCCGCCCACUCUCACACACCAACAAACACCAAGUGCGUCGAAUGUGUGUCGUGUGUGUGUGUGUGUGUUGGUCAGGAUGAGGACACUGCCACGGUGAUCGCUCGCGAUGUUGGUCAAAUGAGGCAGGACGACACUGCUCGAGUCAUAGCAAUUUUGGCGGUCGCCCCGCACAAAGGCAGCGGGUCAGCAACACACACUUGGGCGGCUGGACGGCUUUUUGCACGCGUGUGGUCAUUUGUUGUGCAGGAGCGAGCAGCCUGCAAAGAGCACGACGCCAUUCCAGCUAGAAGCAUUCGACCGCCAAACCCUCGGGCAGCUCGGCGUACGUAUGAUGCCCGCCCAACACGUGUGUAUGCCAUCCAUCCAUCCAUCAGAUUGAGCCCCCUAUGAAGAUCGGAGACAUCACCGGCUCCCUCCGUGAGCUGGUCACAUAUCACUACGGUGAGUCCAUCUAGCCAUGCAAGAGAGAGGGAGAGAAAGAGAGAGACCAACAGCCAUCCAUUCACUCUUUCCCUCUCUGCAGACGAUGUGAGUGGUGGAGAUUUCCAGCAGCUGCAUCAGACCGAGAAGGCACAUGUCCAGGGGGUGAUCGCACUGCAGUGUACGUUGAUCGACCAACCUUCUGCACACACACAUCCACACAAGUGUCUCUUGUGUGCAGUGGUGAAGGGGGUCCUGUGCCACAGCCGCUGCCGCAUCGAGGAGGACAUAGACAUCGAUUUGCUGAGCCACAAGGUCAGCCAUGCACCUCUUCUAUGGAUUUCCCUCUGAUCCAUUGUCUAUGUGUUCUGUAUGUGCAGACCGUUUUGGAGUUGAGUGAGGACUUCGUGGCAGCGUCAACCCCACCACCUCAGUCGAGCGGCAGCUUGAAAUUGCCCGGGCCAUCUACACCGUCCUGCACACCACCCCCGCUGGUGAGUGAGACGCUGUGCUCUGCUGCUCUAUUGCCUGCAUUGCUCUUCUCUCUUUCAGGUACUUCUUCUGCUCGGCCAUCUGUGCCAGGCGGCCCAGGUCCUCCAGGUCCUCCCCCUUCCAUCAUGCGAGCUGCUGGGACGACUGGCGAUGGAGGAGAGGGGACGGCGGCCGUGACGACUUCGUCCCAGGGCGGCACCGGGGCUGAAGAAGGAGCGGGUGGUGGUGGGGGUGUCGGUUCUGGCGCUGGGGUUGGCGGUGGCGAUGGGGUAGAUGUGGAUGGUGCAGCAGGUGCUCUCGUCGGCCUGACGGUAGAACAGCAGGUGGGGCACAUUGCAGCAAGAGGAGACAGCCGACAGACACACAGUGCAUUGUGCGUGUUGUCUGUGUGUGUGUGUGUGUGCGUGUGUGUGUGUGCGUGUGUGUGUGGCAGUUUGUUGGCGAGGGGAGGGCGCCGCUCCAGAGCGACCCGAUGGCGCCGCCGGAGAGCGACCCGGUCAUGGAUCUCGUGGACAACGAACAAGCCCUUACCGCGUUGGCAUCGGUCCUCGUCGCCUCUACAAAGAAGGAGAAAGAGGAUGGGUCAGCAACACACACUCAUAGGUGGCUGGGUGGCUGGGUGGCCUUUAGGAAGCGUGUGGUCGGUCAUUGUGAGUGCAGGAGACAGCAGCAGCCAGCCCCCAGCACCGCCAAGACUCGACCCAAGAGGAAACACCUAAAUACCAACCAACAGGUAGAGAGGGACAGGGAAAGGAAAGGCUCGAUGGACUCUUAUGUCUGUGUGUGUGUGUGUUUGCGCCGUAUGUCUAUGUAGCCUAGCUGUGAGUUGCACAUCGAUGAAACGACCCGGGACACCCUCAACGCCCUCGGCGUACGUAUGAAACGAUGCCCUGCAGACAUCCAUCCAUCCACCCGUCAAUCCUUCUGUGCGUGGUGUGUCCAUCCCUCCAUCAGAUUGAGGUCUCGUCCAUCCGUACCAGUGAGGGCAUCAAUGAUGCGGUGGUCACCCUUCUCAACAAAGUGCAUGGUGAGUCGAUAGGCGGAGGCAUGCACAGAGAGGGAAAGAGAGAGAGAGAGAGAGACCACCAGCCCCCCACCAACACGCCAUACGUCAUGUGUCUGUCUGCAGGCAAGGACAGCACGCAGCUGAGCGCGGGAGAGAUGACGAAUCGCAAGAGACGCACCGCUACCAAACGUACGUGGGUCGACCAACACCAAUGCACACACACAUGCACACCCCCGUGUCUGUUGUAGUCUGCAGUGAUCCAGGCCAUACUCAUGCGCUAUGGAUGCCCCGGUGUGGAUGAGCAACGGAUUGACAUCGACGGGUGGCGGAACAUGGUGAGCAUUCCAUGCAGACCAAGAGCAUCGUGAUGGAAUAGCCUCCUGCCUGGGUUGUGUAUGUCGUGUGUGCAGGAGGUGCGUGAGGUGCGCUACGCCCUUGAACGCAUCGGGGUGGUCGGCAAGAAGGUCGAGGUGUUGCAUGAGAUAGCAAAGACCAUCCACAAAGCGCUCGAUAUCGCUCUGGCUGGUGAGUGAGACGCCAUGGCUACCACCCGCAAUUGAUGCCUGCCUUAUCGUCCUUGCCUGUCUCUCUAUCACGCUCGUCAGCUGGCCCCUCCCCCGGUGGCCCCCCUGCCUCUUCGGGCGCGACCAGCAGCGCCGCGGGCCCCGGCGGUGGUGCUGCUGCAGCUGCUGCUGCUGCUGAGUCAUCGACACAGUAGCACUGACUCCAUCUGCCUCCUACUCUGUCUCUAUCAAAAGACCGGUCUAGAGCUGACAUCCAUCCAUCCAUCCAUCUCCGUGUCGACCUAUGCGUGGGUCAUACAGUACUCCCUCACUUGUGGUGCUUACUUGGGUGUCUGCAUACAUUCAUCCAAUGUGUGUGUGUGUGUGCAGUGAGUGGGUGGGUAUGGAACAUGCUCUAUCGAAGCGAUGUUCUGGACCAGCCUCUCUCUCUUCUCUCUCCUCGCUCCCCUCGGUUGUCAGUGUCUUGGGCAGAUGGGAGGGUGGAUGAUGCGCGCGUCUCUCGGCACGCAGUAUCCCGUACCCUGUUCAGCCGUCGUGGUGCCUACUUUGUGGGGCCAUAGAUAGACACCUCUUCGCGCUGUCUAUGCUAUUUUCUUCCCCACCAGCAGCGAGAGAGACAGAGAGAGAGCCCGGUGCACACAAGACACACACUUCCUUCCCGAGUGACCCGCCAUAAGUGCUUCUCGACAUAUCGAUAGUAGGCAAUCUGGUUCAGGUUUGAACCUAUUGCCUGCAUCGGUGUCGGUGGGCGCCACUCAAGCCGCGUAUCUACCUCACUCGGAUCUCGCUUUUCAGCACAUGUGUGGUCGGAAGGAUACACACAUGAAUCGACUGGUCUCGCCGUUUCUGGCUAUCGUCGCCUACGUUUUAUAUCUGUUGGUUCCGUUUAUCCAUUUCUCUCGCCUUUUGCGCGGUGGGUGUGUGUGGGGGGGAAGGGGGGCGGGGGGCCACGGAGAGACGCAUACGUGCUAAUCAACCACUCCCCCAUGACUUUAUCGGAGUUUAUCCAUCAUUCAUUAGAGAUGCACGCAGCAAGUUGUGGGAGGGACAGACACUCACUGACCCGUCUCAAUUAUCGAUUGCUGUACUUGAAAACACUUCUGUCUUGCACCAUUCGUGUGACCACACACAGAUUCAGCUCGCCCCUGCAUUCAGGACACGGCGUUGCUGAAUGUGUGUGCGUGCGGAGGGAAGCACCGCAGCUCAGUGGAGACACUCACUUACUCUUCUUUCGCAUGAAUGGCGUGGCAUGGACGGAUGGAACGAUGACCAUGAACACUCGCUUUGAAAGGACACAUGGCAUGGCAUUGCAUCCAUCCAUCCAUCGAGCAGAGUGGUCACUUGCAAUCAGCAC